AUGCAGACAACAUCAGUGGCUAAUUCCUUACAGCCUGUAGUAACCACAAAUGUGCCUGCCAACAAGUUGGUGAUGAAGACCCAGCGGAAUGAACAGAGCUUCGACUAUGUAGUAAAAUCUGGCCUUGCUGGCGGUGUAGCAGGCUGUGUGGGAAAAACAGUGAUUGCACCUCUGGAUCGGGUCAAGAUCUUGUUUCAAGCAAGAAAUCCAGUGUUUGAAAAGUAUUCUGGAAGGUUUACUGGUGUAUUUGAAGCAGGAAGAGACAUUUUUAAAAAAGAAGGCACCAUGGGAUUGUUUCAGGGUCAUUCAGUUACCCUGUUGAGAAUCUUUCCUUACGCUGCCAUCAAAUUCGUGGCAUUUGAGCAAAUCAGAGCUAUUCUUAUGCCAACACCAGAGACUAGAAACUCAUCUACUCGUCAAUUCAUUGCAGGCUCAUUAGCUGGUGUAACAUCUGUCAUGUUUACCUAUCCGUUGGACCUUGUCCGUGUGCGAAUGGCCUAUGAAGUGCGAGAUAAAGGGGCCAGAAGACCAGGAUUGGCAGAAGUGUGCAAGAUCAUUUACAAGGAACCAGCUCAACGUAUUCACCUGUUCAAUUUUUACCGAGGAUUUUUACCCACUGUUGCUGGUAUGACUCCAUACGCUGGCGUAUCGUUUUGGUUCUACCACAUCAUCACUCGAUUUGCCCGCCAUCAUCCCAUGGCUACACCCUACACCAGAGAGCCUAUUGUUACAUUUGAAGAAUUUGCAGAAGAUUUGACAUUUGACCAGCAAAGAGUGUUGGAAAAGCCUCCGCUUAAAACAUGGGCCGAGUUGCUUUGUGGUGGAUUAGCUGGAUUGGUGGCACAGACGAGUAGCUACCCGUUAGAGAUUAUUCGUAGACGAAUGCAAGUAGGCGGUUUGUUAGAGCCAAAUAGAUUUGUCAGUUUUAAAGACACUGUCAAAGAGAUAUACCAUGCCAAGGGAUUCAAGGGGUUCUAUGUGGGGUUGACAAUUGGCUACAUUAAAGUGAUACCCAUGAUGGCCAUAAGCUUCCUAACUUAUGAGCGUAUGAAGCAAGUGCUGGAUAUUGCUUAA